AUGUCUAGAAGAGCGCAAUCUGUCAACUAUGCCGAACUCGAUGACGAGAACUUUUCCGACGAAGGGUACAUUGAUAAAGAUGAUGAUGAUUACGGGACAUCCAGAAAGAGGAAAUCAAGUAAAGCAGAUGGCGAUGUGCAACAACUAAAGAGACAGAAGGCGCGUAUGGCUGUGAACUCGGUGAAAGGUCUGUUGCAGGAGACAAAUUUUUCAGAUGAUGAUCUACUAGAUGUCACUCCGGACUUGCCACCUGGGUAUAUACCAGACGCAGUUUCCAAGUCGUUUGGUGCGUCUGAUUUUUCAUAUUUGAAGUUGAAGCCUGAUCAUUUCACACGUCCCUUGUGGAUAUCUCCGAAUGACAUGAGGAUUAUUUUAGAGUCGUUUUCGCCAUUGGCUGAACAAGCGCAAGACUUUUUAAUCACUAUUGCCGAACCAAUUUCAAGACCUUCCCACAUACACGAGUACAAAAUAACUCCGUUCUCGCUAUAUGCGGCAGUUUCAGUGGGGCUAGAGACUAACGAUAUUAUCUCCGUGCUAAAUCGUCUUUCAAAAGUCCCCGUAACUGACACCAUUGUGGAGUUUAUUAAAGCUGCAACUGUAUCGUACGGAAAGAUCAAAUUGGUUUUGAAAAACAAUAGAUACUAUGUCGAGAGUACCCUGGCAGAUAUUUUGCAGAUGCUACUCAAAGACGAAGUCAUUGGUCCCUUGAGACUCCAGUCCACUGAAAAUACUGUAACCAGCAACGGUUUGGUGCAAUCAGCACCCCCGCAGAACGACAUUGACAUUCCAGGUACAAAGAGAAAAGAGGAGACGGGUGGUACAGCAACUAAACAAAAUAAUGAAGCUGAAGACAUUUUUGCAUCAGUGGUUGGGAGCCGAGACGAUGAGGAUGAUUUGGACACCGUACAUUCGUUUGAGAUAUCACAUGACUCUGUCGAAAUCGUGAAAAGGCGAUGCCAGGAGAUUGACUAUCCCGUUUUGGAAGAGUACGAUUUCCGUAAUGAUGCGAGAAAUCCUGAUCUUGAGAUUGACUUGAAGCCAUCUACUCAAAUUCGACCAUAUCAAGAAAAAUCAUUGUCGAAAAUGUUUGGGAAUGGAAGAGCGAGAUCAGGUAUCAUUGUGCUUCCUUGUGGAGCUGGAAAGACGUUGGUUGGUAUUACUGCAGCUUGUACAAUCCGGAAAUCGGUUAUUGUGUUGUGCACCUCAUCAGUAUCCGUCAUGCAAUGGAGGCAACAGUUCCUACAAUGGUGUACGAUCCAGCCUGAAAAUGUUGCAGUGUUUACAUCCGAGAAUAAAGAAAUGUUUGCCAGUGAAUCGGGUUUAGUUGUAUCGACAUACUCCAUGGUGGCAAAUACUCGUAACAGGUCGCAUGAUUCUCAAAAGGUUAUGGAUUUCCUUAGGUCGAGGGAAUGGGGAUUCAUCAUUUUAGAUGAGGUGCAUGUGGUGCCGGCAAAUAUGUUUAGGCGAGUGGUUACAACCAUUGCUGCACAUGCCAAGCUAGGACUUACUGCAACUUUGGUGCGUGAGGAUGACAAGAUUGACGAUUUAAAUUUCUUGAUUGGGCCAAAAUUGUAUGAGGCAAACUGGAUGGAUUUAGCGCAAAAGGGGCACAUCGCAAAUGUUCAGUGUGCAGAAGUUUGGUGUCCCAUGACUGCAGAAUUUUAUCAAGAGUAUCUCAGAGAAAGUGCUCGUAAGCGGAUGCUUUUGUAUAUUAUGAAUCCCACUAAAUUCCAAGCUUGCCAGUUUUUGAUCCAUUACCAUGAAAAGAGGGGUGACAAGAUUAUUGUGUUUAGUGACAAUGUCUAUGCACUUCAAGAGUAUGCGUUGAAACUCGGCAAACCAUUCAUUUAUGGGUCUACACCACAACAGGAGAGGAUGAAAAUCUUGCAAAAUUUCCAACACAAUGAUCAGAUCAAUACUAUCUUUUUGUCCAAAGUAGGGGACACUUCAAUUGACUUGCCAGAAGCUACCUGUUUGAUUCAAAUUUCUUCUCAUUAUGGAUCUAGAAGACAAGAAGCGCAAAGAUUGGGAAGAAUCUUGCGAGCCAAGAGACGUAAUGAUGAAGGAUUCAAUGCGUUUUUCUACUCAUUGGUGUCCAAAGAUACGCAAGAGAUGUAUUACUCCACAAAAAGACAAGCGUUCCUCGUUGAUCAAGGGUAUGCAUUCAAGGUCAUUACCCAUCUAAGUGGAAUGGAGCAAUUGCCAGAUUUGGCUUAUGCAUCAGCAAGAGAACGUAGAGAGUUGUUACAACAGGUGUUGUUGAAGAAUGAAGAUGCAGCUGGCUUGGAAAUUGGCGAUGACGCAGACACGAAUUUCAUACCCAGGGAACAGAGGCAGAGAAUGGAGAAUGGCAAGCAGAGCGGUGCAACUCGAUCUGCUGGGUCGUUGGCUGGAUUGGCUGGUGGUGAGGAUAUGGCGUACAUUGAGUACAGUAGGAACAAGAAUAAGGAGUUGGAGACACACCAUCCGUUGAUUCAGAAGAUGUAUUACAAGAAGAAGCAGCAACAGCAACAGCAACAACAGCAACAGCANAGCAGCAGCAACAGCAGCAACGCAAAUAAGAGUUUCGUCUAUAUGAUUAUUUCUAGAUUUAUAGUGUAA